GUUUUUGCCAGCAUGUGACGUCGCCUAUUGCAAGUUUGCUGUCCCAGAAACUUAUAAUCAAUACCAGGCAAAUCUUACAUAGAAAUUUCGCUUGCUCAUGGAAUAUAGAACGAAUUUGCAUGGAAAUCUAUGUUGCACGAGCAUUCUGCGCUGUAUACUUGACCGAAGACCUUCUGGUUGAGUCAGAGUGAUUCAGACUGAGCACAGCUGCGCGCCACACGCUUCCGAAAGACUAUAAAACACGACGACGUAUCAUAAUAUCGGUCCCGACUGUGAUACUGAUAUACGCCAGCCACAAUGCCGGUCGUCAAUCCUGAAAAAUUGGUUCAUCUGCAGCAGGCAGCAAAGGGAAUACGAAAUAUAUGCAUUCUCGCCCAUGUGGACCAUGGUAAAACCUCACUCACGGAUGCGUUGAUCGCCACCAAUGGUAUCAUAUCUCCAAAAUUGGCAGGGAAGAUCCGAUAUCUCGACUCUCGACCGGAUGAGCAGCUUCGUGGCAUCACCAUGGAGUCAUCAGCGAUCUCCUUGUACUUUGCCCUACUACGCCGUUCCAGUCCUGAUGCAGCACCGGAACAAAAAGAGUUCUUGAUCAACCUCAUAGAUUCUCCUGGUCACAUUGAUUUUAGCAGUGAAGUUUCUACUGCAUCGCGGUUAUGUGAUGGCGCUGUUGUCCUUGUGGACGCUGUGGAGGGAGUAUGCAGUCAAACAGUUACCGUUCUGAGGCAUUGUUGGGUCGAAAAACUCAAGCCUAUCCUCGUCAUCAAUAAGAUGGACCGUCUCAUCACGGAGUUGAAAAUGAGCCCUGGAGAAGCUUAUACUCACCUGAGUCAACUACUUGAGCAAGUAAAUGCCGUCAUGGGUAGUUUCUUCCAGGGGGAGCGCAUGGAAUACGAUCUACAAUGGCGAAAUCGUGUCGAAGAGCGGGUAACACUUGCUGCUUCUGCACGAGCGCAAGAAAGGGCGGAGAAUGUUGCGUCUGCUGCAAAUGAUACUUCGUCAGAAACAACUACAAACGAGUACGAAGAAAAGGAUGACGAGGAUAUCUAUUUUGCCCCGGAAAACAACAACGUCAUCUUCAGCAGUGCAGUAGACGGUUGGGCUUUCACUGUGAAACAGUUCUCUGCGAUCUACGAGAAAAAGCUUGGGAUGAAACGUGCCAAUCUGGAAAAGGUCCUCUGGGGUGACUUCUAUCUAGAGCCGAAGACGAGGCGUGUGCUUGCGCCAAAGCAUCUCAAGGGACGUAAUCUCAAACCUAUGUUCGUACAGCUUGUACUGGAUAACAUAUGGGCGGUGUAUGAGGCGACAACAGGUGGAGACAAGGGCAAAGGGGAUCCAGCAACUGUGGAAAAAAUAACAAAGUCUCUCGGCAUAUCCGUACCGCCUCAUAUUCUUCGGUCCAGAGAUCCACGUGCGCUAUUGACUACUGUAUUCGCAUCCUGGCUGCCACUUUCCACAGCCGUACUGGUGUCUGUGAUCGAGUACCUACCACCACCUGAUGAUGCGCAACAUACCCGACUUCCAGCUAUUAUUGACGCUUCUCCCGGUGCAGAUCAUGUUGACCAGAAGGUUCGCACUGCGAUGACAGAGUUCAAGAAGGAGAAAGGAGACCCGGUAGUCGCUUAUGUCAGUAAGAUGGUUGCGAUACGGCAAAGUGAACUGCCAGAGAACAAGAGGAGAGGUGGUGCCCUCACGGCUGAAGAAGCAAGAGAACUUGGCCGUAAGAAACGCGCAGAAAUUGCGAAAGCUCAAGCUUCAGCAAAUGGCACCAGCACUGAUCUCGGAAACAUGACUACUACACUCGAUUCGAUGACCAUGCGAGAAGACGGGGGAGAACAGGAGGAGACAGACCCUCCGGAAGAAGACGAAGACCCCGAGCACUUGAUUGGAUUUGCUAGGUUGUAUUCUGGCUCUCUCACAGUUGGCGACGAAGUCUUCGUACUACCACCCAAGUUCACACCUCAACAUCCCCACCAGCGACCUGAACCCCAAAAGGUCACCAUCACAGCCUUGUAUCUCUUGAUGGGACGCGGCCUGGAACCACUGAAGUCAGUACCGGCAGGCGUCGUAUUUGGAGUAGCUGGACUAGCAGGACACAUCCUCAAGUCUGGAACACUUUGCAGCCAGCUAGAAGGCUCGGUCAAUCUCGCAGGUGUCAACAUGGGUAGUAAGCCGAUCGUCAGAGUAGCUUUGGAGCCUGAGAAUCCCAGUGAUUUGGACAAGAUGAUCAACGGACUCCGCAUGCUGGAACAGAGCGAUCCCUGUGCCGAAUACGAAGUUUUGGAAAGCGGUGAGCACGUCAUUCUUACUGCUGGUGAGCUCCACCUGGAGCGAUGUAUCAAGGAUCUCAGAGAACGUUUCGCAAAAUGCGAGAUCCAAGCUGGCGAGCCUAUCGUGCCCUACCGCGAAAGUAUAGUCAGCGCAGCGGAGAUGAACCCAUCAAAGGACAAAGAUCUUCCUCGCGGGACGGUCGUCGGCCUGACAAACUCCAAACAAGUGUCAAUACGACUUCGUGUGCGACCUUUGCCGGCAUCCGUUACUGAAUUCCUGAGUAGAAAUGCACGCCCGAUUCGGAACCUAUACUCGAAUCGGCGCAGCGAGGACCACAACUCGGAGAGCACGACAACAUCUAGAGCCACUUCUCCAAAUCGUGAAGAAGCCAGAGAUGCAGCAGAUGAUAUCUUGGAUUCGGGCGCGGACCUGGCACUAGAGGAAUUCAAGGAACAACUAUUGGCUGCGUUUGCUGAGGCAAAAGGAGAGCGUGAAGUAUGGAAAGGGGUCAUCGAUCGCAUUGCUGCGUUUGGACCACGGCGUGUGGGACCAAAUCUGCUUAUAGACUCAACAAAGGAUGGUAUAUUAAGUAGAGCCCUCGAGACAUCCGACGAGCAUGCUGCAGACGAUGAAGGGGGUAAAAGAGUGGCUACGAGUUUGGUUCCCGGAGACUUCCAAGACAAAAUUACAUAUGCCUUCCAGCUUGCUACAGCGCAGGGGCCUCUCUGCAACGAGCCAGUGCAAGGAGUCGCUGUCUUCUUAGAAGAAGUUGGCUUGCAUCUACCAGACGAGGAAGAAUCUUCGUCUCGAGACAAGCUUGGCCGACUUACCGGCGAAGUCAUAAGGACUGUGCGAGAAUCGAUUCGUCAAGGAUUCCUGGACUGGAGUCCACGUAUGCUUUUGGCGAUGUACAGCUGUGAGAUUCAAGCAUCAACCGAGGUCCUUGGCCGAGUCUAUGCUGUAAUAACACGACGUAGAGGCCGGAUUGUGUCUGAAGAGAUGAAAGAAGGCACGCCAUUCUUCUCGAUCGUUUCGUUGCUGCCAGUUGCAGAGUCGUUUGGAUUCAGCGAAGAGAUUCGGAAGCGCACAUCGGGAGCUGCGUCUCCUCAACUAAUCUUCCAUGGAUUUGAGAUGCUGGACGAAGACCCAUUCUGGGUGCCUUUUACAGAAGACGACUUGGAGGAUCUUGGCGAGCUAGCGGAUAAGGAAAACGUGGCUAAGCGGUACAUGGACAGGGUGCGCAAGCGCAAGGGUCUUUUCAUUCAGGGGCAGAAGCUGGUAGAGAAUGCAGAGAAGCAGAAGACACUCAAAAGGUGAGGAGGGCAUGAUGAGCAGGAUGCGGCGCAUACGUGUCUUGACGAGAAUGUUGGGUUUCAGAUGGCUAUAUAGAGGAUGCGAUCCGACAUGGGGCAGUGAGGCAGUGAAUGGGAAGGGAGGAGUAGGACUUGGCACUAGAGUGAAUGAAUGAAUGAAUGCCAUGUUGAUGUCAACAACACUGUGUUAUACUUACAAUACAGUAGCAUGUCUGCAGGACCG